AUGCCGGGCUUGAUUGUGCAGUCGAGGACAUCCUCGGAGGGGCCCCAUGCCAGUAGGCAGGGCUCUAGUCGCAACUCUGUGAUUGAAGAUGACUAUCCGGCGGCCACCUUCCCUGGCUACGCGGAGAAACCCCUCGACGAGCAGUUGGAACCGAUCGCAGUAAUUGGGAUGGGUUGUCGAUUACCUGGGGAUGUUGGAUCGCCGGCCGAUUUCUGGGACAUGAUUAUGAGCAAGGGAACUGGCCAAACACCCAAGGUACCAGCUUCACGGUUCAACAUCGAUGCACACCUUCACAAGAACAACGAUCGACCAGGAAGUUUCGCUGUUCCCGGCGGUUAUUUCCUCAAGGGAGAUCUGUCAGAUUUUGAUCCUGCCCUUUUCAAUAUUACUCCGAUCGAGGCUAUGUGGAUGGACCCACAACAGCGAAAGCUACUAGAAGUUGUUUAUGAAGCACUGGAGUCCGGUGGUAUCUCACUCGAAGCCAUCGCAGGCACACGAACCGCUGUUUUCGCUGCUAGCUUCACAGCUGACUGGCAGCAAAUGUCGUUCAAAGAGUCUUCGUUCCGACAUAGUUUGUCUGCCACCGGUGUUGACCCUGGUAUUAUUAGCAACAGAAUCAGUCACGUCUUUAACCUAAACGGCCCUAGCAUUGUGUGCAACACAGCAUGCUCUUCCUCAGUCUAUGCGCUUCACAACGCCUGUAAUGCGUUGAGAAACGGCGAGGCGGAGGGCGCCAUCGUUGGUGGUGUCAAUUUGAUCAUCACGGUUGACCAACACAUGAAUACUGCAAAACUUGGGGUUUUAUCACCAACGUCGACGUGCCAUACGUUUGAUACUAGUGCCGAUGGCUAUGGGCGUGCUGACGCUGUCGGCGCCGUCUAUCUGAAGCGUCUCUCUGAUGCUGUCAGAGAUGGCGACCCAAUUAGGGGUGUAAUUCGAUCCAGCGCAACCAACUCGAACGGCAAAGUCCCUGCCGUUGGCAUAACCUACCCAAACAGAGAUGGGCAGGCCGAUGUGAUUGCGCAUGCCUACCAGCGUGGAGGAGACUUAGAUCCUCGGCUCACUGGCUAUUUCGAGUGCCACGGAACCGGAACAGCUAUCGGCGACCCCAUCGAGGUCGAGGCGGUGUCGAUAGCGAUGAACAAAACUCGGCAGGCCGACGAAGAUCCUCUGUGGAUUGGCGCCGUCAAGACCAACAUCGGGCACAGUGAGGCUGCUAGUGGUCUUUCGGCCUUAAUCAAGGCUAUCCUUAUGGUCGAGCGAGGUGUUAUUGCACCAACUCGAGGUGUCGUUGAACCGAACCCAAAGAUCAAGUGGGACGAUUGGAAAGUCAGAGUCGUAAACAACCCUAUCCCUUUUCCUGCACACCUACCAGUGAAGCGUGUGUCUAUCAACAGUUUUGGUUACGGCGGCACCAAUGCUCAUGUCAUUGUCGAGGCAGCUGAUUCCCUGCUAAAGAGGGAGCAAACUUACAAGUAUGUCGAUGUAAACACAGAGAAGCGGCGCAAGAAAGGCCCUAGGCGUGCAGCACACAAAAAGCGACCAUUUCUGCUGCCUUUUUCUGCUCAUGACAGACCAACGCUGCAGCGCAAUAUUGCCGCUCAUGCUAAGGUCGCCGCUAACUACGAUCUCCUCGACUUGUCUCAUACCCUUAGCAGCCGUCGCAGUGUCCUGGCAAGCAAAGGUUUCACUGUAGCCAGCCACAAGAACCUAGAAGAAAUCUUCAGUGACGUGAGCACGAGUUUCACAUUUGCGGACAAGAAAAAGACCCCAACUCUGGGUUUCGUAUUUACUGGUCAAGGAGCACAGUGGGCGCGCAUGGGAUCGGACUUGAUGGCGAAUAGUCCUCGAUUCUUGAGAUCCAUCCGCAACCUGGACUUGGCCCUGGAGGAACUUCAUGACGGCCCAUCAUGGUCGAUCGAGGAUGUUCUUCUUGAGCCUGCAGAGACCUCCCGUGUCAGCGAAGCUGAGUUCUCUCAGCCUCUAUGUACUGCCGUGCAGAUCGCUCUGGUGCAGCUGCUCGAGUAUUGGGGUAUUCGCCCUGUCGUGACUGUUGGUCACUCUUCGGGGGAGAUGGCCGCAGCUUAUGCUGCAGGCUUGAUAUCGGCUACAGAGGCCAUUACGCUUGCUUACUAUCGUGGCGUAGUUACGCGUGACGUUGAUACUAAGGGCGCCAUGAUGGCUGUCGGCCUCGGCGCCGAAGCAGUUACUCCAUACCUUCAAGGCUUUGAUGGCAAGAUAGUGAUCGCAUGUCACAACUCUCCGGCAGGUGUGACAUUGAGCGGAGAUGCAGAUGCUCUGGAAGAAGUCAAGGCUAAGCUAGUCAACGACGGCGUCUUCGCGCGCAUCGUCUUGACAAACGGCAAGGCAUACCAUUCUCACCAUAUGGCUCCGGUCUCGUCCAAUUACGAGAAGCUUGUCCGUGCCGCUCGGGAAUACACCCCUUUUGAUCUUGCUGUCCCAACAACAGCGAGAAUGGUUUCGUCGGUCACCAACAGUAUUAUCCCGGAGAUGACCCAUCUGGAUGAGACAUACUGGAGCAAGAAUCUUCGAAGCCCAGUUCUCUUCAAUCAAGCGGUCCAAACCAUCUUGACGAGUAAGGAGUUUUCGAAUGUUGACCUACUUGUCGAGAUCGGACCACACUCCGCAAUGAAAGGCCCAAUCCAGCAGAUUAAGGCGGAGCUCAAAGCCUCGAAGAUUGACUACCUCCCAACACUCUUGAGGGGCCAUGACUGUGCAGUGCAGCUGCUGAACCUCGCCGGUGAAAUGUUUCUGCGCAGCUAUCCCAUGGACAUGGAACGUGUGACGACCGCAUAUGUUGAGGAGACCACGAGCAGCGGCAAGCUGUCUACCACCAAGGGCUCCAUCAUUGUCGACCUUCCCCCAUACCAGUGGAAUUAUACCCGUCCGUUCUGGGCAGAAAACCGUGCCAGCCGUGAGCAGCGUGUGCCCAAGUUCCCUAGACACGACGUGCUUGGACAGAUUGUCAUUGGAUCCUCUUUGGCUGAGCCAACAUGGAGAAACGUUCUCCGUGCGCGCGAUCUGCCCUGGCUGAAGGAUCACAACUUGGGUGGGGCAAAUAUAUUCCCGGCGGCUGGUUACUUUGCUAUGGCCAUGGAGGCCGUCACUCAGCUGAACGAGUUGAGUGAAUCCCCAGUGACCAUCCAGAGUUAUGUAUUACGAGAUGUCUCAAUUCAGAAGGCUCUUGUGACGCCUGACACUGAUGAUGGCAUUGAAGUCAUGCUCAACCUCCGCCCCUCCAUCUACAGUGGUGAAUCCACGACGACCUGGUGGGAUUUUGGUGUUUCAUCGAUUGAUACCGAUGGCGUUCUGAAAGAGCACAUGGUCGGCAGCAUCGCCAUCAAUGCACGUCAGCGAGGUGUUGAACCGCGCAAGGUGCCGGACGCGCCGCAGCGUGCAAGUGGUAAAGCUUGGAAUGAAGCUCUGCGUGAUGUUGGAUUCGACUACGGUCCCACGUUCCAAGACAUGGACGACAUCCGCUUUGAUGGCAAGAACUACUGGUCCAGCUGCACCACCAACAUCAAGACCCAGGUAGACGAGUCGCUGGGAGAAUCACGCUAUCCUCUCCACCCUGCUUCUAUAGACUCUGUCCUGCAGCUAUGUAUCGCAGCUAUCCAUGCCGGUCGGACUAAUGCAAUGGAGUACGGUGCAAUUCCCAUCCAAGUCGACGAGGUCACAAUCUGGCCCCCUACUAAGGAGCAAAUCGACACUGCCAAGGCAAGUGCUUAUGCUUGGUGUGACCAACGCGGUAUCCGCAACUUCGAGACUGGUGCUCAGAUGACUGCAGACGAUGGCGAGGUUGUUGUGGAAAUCACCAGCCUUCGCUGCGUCAGCUACGAGGCUGGAGUUCCACAAAAGGCAGAGUCAGCGUUGAGUGAAGCACCUUAUGGCAAGAUGGCUUGGGAGGUGGACUUUGACAGCCUUCAGUCCGUAUCUGACGUGAAUGGUCUGACGAGCGCAGACCUGACAAAUUUGGCGUUGUUCAAGAACCCGGGGUGGAAAGUCCUCCAUUUGGGCACAUCCCACGUGCACGAGGUCCUCAAGAAGAACCCGCGAGCCGACUACACAAUCGCCGUGAUGUUAGAUUCGGAGGUCGAAGCCGUCAGGGCGGCCCUGGUGAACUAUCAGAGCGCCAAAGUUGCAAAGCUCGAGGACAUAUACGCCCUUUCUGCAGAGUCGUAUGAUGUCGUGGUCGUAGACCAAGACAAAUACGCGACGAAGUAUGUGCUUCCAAGGGCUUGGCACACAUUGAAGUCCCAUGGCCAUGCUUUCAUCGAUUUUGUUGACAAUAUCCUUGAUCUCGAAUUAGGUGGACUUGAGCGCACCUUGAAGAGCAAUACUGGCACUACUAUCACCCAGAAAGCCAAAGAAAGCGUGAAUGGACACGCGAAUUGCAUACGAAGCCAGAAGCUUACCACUCAGCUGGUGUACCGCAAGCAGCAGGCUGACAUUAUUCCAAUCGUUCGCGCCGCUCUUCAAAGCCUAGAUUGGGGUGUUGAAGUCAUUCCCUUGGCCAAGGCUGUCCAGUCAGGUGUCAAGGGGCAUGUCAUUAUCCUUGCCGACUUUGAGGGCCCACUUCUGCACACGGUGAACAAGAGCGAAUUUGAGUCGAUCCAGGAGAUUAUAAACACUGCAUCAUCUCUUCUAUGGGUAACCUCUGGUGGCCUGCUGGAGGGCAAGCAUCCAGAAUUCGCCAUGGUCUCAGGUCUUCUCAGAACCGUGACCUCGGAGCAGGCUUCCCUUGAUUUCCGUACAAUUGAUGUUGACGUCGGCAGCGUUACGUCGGAUCAAAUAGCUGCUGCUAUCAUCGAAGUCGCUAAGAAACAAGCGUCCACUGACGAGGAAGAUCCGGAUCGCGAGCUUUGUCUUUCCAACGGGAAGACUUACAUCAGCCGACUGGUCAGAAAUCAUUACCUGAACACAAUCUUUGCAGCAGAACAUCCCGAGCCGAAGGAGUUCUCUACUGGAGACCAUAUCGUAGCCAGUAUUUCUGGCGGUAAGGUACUUUUCCAUCAAAUUGCCGCAGAAGAAGAGAUCCAGCCGGGCUUUGUUCAGAUUGAGGUCCAAGCGAGUGGCCUCACAAAGGAAGGCGUUCUCGUCAUUACCGGACAAGACUAUCCCAUCACGUUCAGUCACGAAAUCGGUGGUAUUGUACACAAGAUUGGAUCAGACGUCUCAGGUUUCCAGCCGGGUGAUAGGGUGGUUGGCUUCAAUGCAGAUAAGCUCGGCAGCUUUCAGCAGGUACCAGCCUCUAUGCUUUACAAGCUCGAUGACAGGGACAACCUCAAUGAAGCUGUUAGCGUGCUGGUAGCUUAUGCAUCAGCGCUCUAUGGCUUAGAAACUCUUGCUAGGGUAGAACCGGAAGAGAAAGUUCUCAUCCUGCCUAACACCGGAGCGAGCGGAAUUGCAGCGAUCAAGGUGGCUCAGGCGGCCGGUGCUUUCCCCCUUGUCAUUGCUGAGACCACUGACGAGGUCAAUUUUCUCCAGACGCAUCUUGGCCUAGAUGAAAACCAGGUCAUUCAGCUUUCGAAUGAUGGUUCAGUUCUUGAGCAACUCAAGCGACUCACAGGCGGCCACGGUGCAGAUGUUGUGUUUAGUGGUGGAAGCACAGAUGUCAACAUCGCUCGCGAGGCAUGGCGGUCAAUCACUCGAUUCGGUCGCUUCCUUGACGGAGGCCGCAAAGACGUGUUACGGCGCAAUGCCUUAGACAUAGUCCCGGUCCAGCGCGGCGCUCUUUAUCUCCCAUUCGACAUCCUAGACCUCUAUGAACAUCGUCCAAAGACUCUUGCGAAGUUUAUCCCGAGAAUUAUCUCUAUGCUUCGAGAUGGGUCCAUCACGAGUCCAGGAACAGAACAGAUCGUCGGUCUGGCUGAUCUCAACAAGGCUGUUGGUGUCUUCUCCGAUGCCUUGGGUGCACCCAAGGUAGUUAUUCGAUACGAAGCAUGCGAAACACCGCUCAUGGUGCUUCCCGCAAGACCCAAGCUCGAAUUCAGCCCUGACUCCACCUAUCUACUUGUCGGCUGCUUGGGAGGUUUGGGUCGCAGCUUGACAUCCUGGAUGAUGGAGUCUGGUGCGCGAAGAUUCGUUUUUCUUUCCCGCUCUGGUGCGGAUUCACCAUCGGCAGCCACGCUGAUCAAGGAUAUCGAAGCUGCCGGAGCCAUCACUCAAGUCAUUAGAGGCGAUGCCACCUCGCAUGCUGAUGUCGUCCGAGCCGUGCAAAGUGUUUCCAAGGAGAACCCGAUCAAAGGUGUCGUCCAUGCGGCAAUGGUACUUAGGGAUGGCCUAUUUCAUAACAUGUCCUACGAGAACUGGAUCACUGCUGUCCAGCCAAAGAUACAGGGUGCCUCCAACCUGCACUCGGUUCUGGCCAACGAGCCGCUUGACUUCUUCCUCAUGACUAGUUCUGUGUCCGGCGUCCUCGGCAACCCAGCCCAAGGCAACUACGCUGCAGCAAACAGCUAUCUCGAUUCACUUGCUCGACACCGUCUCUCUGCUAAGCAGACUGCCGUCUCCCUCGUGCUUCCUAUGGUUCUCGAGGUGGGCGUGGUGGCCGAGAAUACCGAGCUGGAGCAGGCGCUCAAGCGUAAAGGCAUGUACGGCAUCGACGAGGAACACCUACUUCAAGGUUUUGAGGCAGCCAUCACAUCUGGCAAGUCUGAUCGACCAGUAGACCACGUCGUGGUCGGACUCGACCCGUCCAAGCUCCAAAAGGCAGUGAGCGAUCCCACUGUGACUGACAGCUACUACCUCGAGGAUAAGAGACUGAGCCAGGUUGUCCACGACAUGAACUCGACUGCAGAUGACUCUGCUGGUGGAGGUGCUGGAGGCCAAAGCAUUCUUGCGACCAUCAGUUCUGCCGCGUCUCCCGGAGAAGCCGUGGACGCCGUGACUGGUCAUUUCGUCGAGAAGCUUGCGCGCAUGCUGCUCCUCGAUGACGACGCGUUCGAGCCAGAGGUCAAGUCCAUUGCGUCUUACGGAAUUGACAGUAUGAUCGGCGCUGAGCUGAGGAAGUGGAUAUUCAAGGAGUAUAAGAUGGAUGUGCCGUUCCAGCAACUUCUCGCCCCAACGUUGACCAUCAACAAGUUUGCGGUACAGGUCAGCGCUCACCAUGGUGUGUCGGCCUCAUAA